AUGACCAUCAUUGUAAAUGAUCUACAUCCCUGUUAUGUAAUACAAGACUCCAAAUACAUGCUGACAAACAGCCCUUCCAUUAUAUGUGUAUUCUUGUACGCACUCCUUGCAUUAUUGUCUGUUAUAACAAUAUGUGGAAAUCUUCUUGUAAUAAUUUCUGUGAUUUACUUCAAACAGCUCCACACUCCUACUAACUCUCUCAUCCUCUCUCUUGCUGUGGCUGACCUGCUCGUUGGGAUUAUAGCAUUUCCUCUCAGCAUGGCAUUCUCUCUCAGCUCAUGUCUUUAUCAUGAGGGUUUGUUUUGCAAAGUGCGAGGCACCUUUGAUAUUUCACUGAGCACAUGUUCCAUCCUGAAUCUCUGCUGUAUUUCUAUUGACAGAUACCAUGCUGUUUGCCAGCCUCUGACAUAUCAAACUAAAAUCAGCCAUCGUGUUGUUGUGUUCAUGAUCCUGAUGAGCUGGGGGGUUUCUGGGAUAAUUGGAAUUAGUGUCACCAUUGCUGGAUUAAAUAAUGAAAAAUAUGAGGAAUCAUUUUUGAUUGACGUUCUAAUGGAAAGCACUGUUGGACCCAUGUUAUCAUUUUACCUGCCAGUGAUCAUAAUGCUUUGUAUCUACCUAAAGAUUUUCUUUGUUGCACGGAGGCAAGCACGCAGCAUCCAGAACACAACAAAGUGUGGACAAACUGCCAGCAUGAUGGAGAGAAAGGCGACCAAAACUCUGGCUAUUGUUUUGGGAGUUUUUAUAUUAUGCUGGAGUCCUUUUUUUCUUUGCAUCACAUUUCCACCAUUUACCAGUGAUUACCAGUACCAGUUACAGGUACCAGUUCCUGUAAUUGAAACUCUUAACUGGCUUACAUUGGCAAAUUCAAUGCUAAAUCCAUUUAUUUAUGCUUUCUUUUACAGCUGGUUCAGGUCAGCCAUCAGAAUGAUUAUUUGUGGGAAAAUAUUCCAAGGGGAUUUUGCAAACACAAAAUUGACUUGA